AUGUCGAUGUCUGAGUAUGCUGAGAAAUUUGAAGACAUGGCUGCCUAUUCCAGACAAGCUGCCUAUGCUCCAGAUGAGUUGUGGAAAAUCGACCAGUUUCUUAUGGGGCUGAAUGCUGAUAUUAUGCACAGUGUGUCUCAAAGGGAAUUUACCAUUUAUGCUGAGUGUUUGAGAUGCAAAGGAAAUCACUUUGGGAAUUGCAAGCCAGACUCUGGGAGAUGUUACCGUUGUGACCAGCCAGGGCAUUACGCGAGGGAUUGUACUGCCCCGAAUGUUCCCGAGAAGACUAGAGGGCGUGUUUACACCUUGGACGCUAGGAAGGCUCAAGGAAACACCAAUCUUGUUGCUGGUACGUGUUAUGUUAAUAAUCAGCCCUUGUUUGUGUUAGUUGAUUGUGGAGCAACACAUUCUUUCGUUUCUUAUCAUUAUGUGCGGAGGCUUAUUUUUGAGACGAGUCUUCUUCCUAAUCCUAUGAUUAUCUCGUCGACUACUGACGAUGUAGUAGAAGCUCAGGAAAUUUGUAGGGAGUGUUAUGUUACUUUCAAUGGUCGUAGAUUCUUGAUUGACCUCAUUUGUCUACCGCUUAAGAAGAUCGAUGUAGUAUUGGGUAUAGAUUGGUUGUCAGCUAACUCGGUGUACAUCGGUUGUAAAGAGAAGGCUAUCUUUAUUCUUGCUGAGGAAACUACUCCAAUUGAGGCCAUUGGACAACUACUUUAA